CGGGCUUUUGCUUGGGAAGGUACGACUACUGACUGGAUGGCUACACGUUCGGACUGAGGUACUCGAGAUGGAGAGUCGUUUUUCGCUCAUAUUCAGAGUCGCUGGGCUGUAGAGAGAAGUUGUCGGUACCACUGUACUGGAGCGACAACCACGAACUCGGUCGAGACAAAACCGUUCCAGCUCAAGACCCUGGAACGAUAUCAGAGUUUGCCGACGCCUGUUGUCACGCCGUGUCGAACACUUCUUAUCCUUAUCUCCGUCAACUUCAUGCAAACCAGUGAAUCCGACAUGGCUGCUCUCUUCCCCAUAAUGCUACUCUUCGUCGGUCUUUUGACUUGCGCGUUAUUUUGGUGUCUCCUCUCGUCGUGUCUCGGAACUUCGACCCGACAGGCUCUGAGCAAUGUCUGGGAAUAUCUCUUACUUUCUUCAAGGAACUCUGGCGACAGCCCGUUGCGAAUGAGGCGUCGGGCCGCGCAGGGUCGAUUUGGCAUGGCAGCAGAGGAGUGGGAGAUGAAUAGCGUGCAUUGAGAGUAGAGACGUUACUCGAAAUAACAAGAGGACGACCAUAGCGCGUUUGAUCUGUUAGGGGGUGUUUUGACGUAUAAAAGCUCGCCCCUCACCACCUUUCUGCCCGAGUCUCUCUUUCUCUCUCCACCACAACAUCUAGGCACCCACAUUCACGCGCGUCUCGCCCUACAAACUAUUCAACCAUGAAGAUCUCUUCCAGCUCUUCAAUCCUCCUAGCAACUCUCGCUAUAUCCUCGUCCACUUCAAGCUGUCUCGCUGCACCGACCGGCGACCCGCCCAACUCGGAUGUCGCCGCGAUGGCAAGCUCGCCCAGUGUGCAUCCCGUAUCCAUGGUAUCUGACCAGGUGUCGCGUGCACCCACUGUUGAUCAAGCAAUGAACAUGGCGCGAGCUUUCAGUGUGGAAAACGGACAUGAUUCUCGCGGUCUGCUUGAUCCCCUCGGUGUCCUCGUCUGUCCCCUAUUCAAUUUGAUCUCCGAUUGCGGGCCCAAGGCGAGCAACAAACAGUCCAUGUCUGAAGCCUCAACCCACCCAAUCUCUGUAACUCAAGCCAUUGAGAAUCUUAACGCUGCUAUCGUGGUCCUGCAAGCGCAGCAAGCGGCCGAGUACGAUCCGGAUCAAGAUUCUGGCAAUGACGGCAACUCCCGUUUCGCUCAUCCUCAUCCAGAUGACGGAAAUGAUCAGACCGGCGGCGUCGACAACAACAACAAUGGAUCUCAAUGGUCAACGCAUGCUGGGUCUAACAACAACGACAAUUCGAGUGACUCAAAGGAUGACUCGUCUCCCGGCUCUGGAUCUGCAGAAACGACACCCACGAUGUCUUCGACUGCUACAUGGGGCGCCCCGUCUGCCCAGUCAAGCACUAUUCCUGGUCGUCGCGACUUGCCUGUUUCUCUGCCUGGCCCGGCUUCUGGUCCAGCGGGCAUCGUCACUGGUGCAGUGGGAAGUAUUCCUGGCACUGUGGUUGGUGUUGCCUCUGGCGGCCCUGGUGCUGCACCUGGUGCUGUCGUUGGGACUGUGAGUAGUGUUCCCGGCACGGUUGUGGGGACUGCAGGCGGUGCGCCUGCCAUUGCUGGGACCAUACCUGGUACGGUUCUUGGAACAGCAGGGAAUGUUCCAGGCACUGUUGUGAGCACCGUCGGCGGUGCACCUGUCACUGCUGGUGGUGUUCCGGGCACCAUUGUAGGAACUGUCGGUGGUACACCUGCUGGGGCCAUUCCCGGCACGGUUCUUGGGGCUACAGGGAAUGCUCCAGGUGCUGUUGGUGGCGUUCCCGGCACUAUCAUUGGCACUGCAGGCGGAGCUCCCGCGAUGAUCGCUGGUACAGCAGGUACCGUAGCCGGUGGUCUUCCAGUUCAACCACCUGGCCCCGUCGCAGGCGCUCCUGGACAGGCUGCUGGUUUGCUCGGCAGCACUGUCGGCCCCGUCACUGAUGCCGCCGGUAACGCCGUCAACACUGUAGUCAAGGCUGGUGACAGUGUCCUUGCAACGGCAAACAGCAAGGCUCUUCGGGCGUUGCCGAUGCCUAUGCCGAUGCGUCGAUGGACUUCUCGCCGGGCCUUCGGCUCGCGUCAGGCUCCUGUUUCUCCGCCGGCCGCUCCUCCAGCUCAGCCUCCCGCUGCACCCCCUGCCCCACCCGCUGCACCCGCUGCGCCUGCUCAGCCUCCAGCUGCUCCCGCUCCGCCCGCGCAUCCGCCCGCCGCGCCUGCUCAACCUCCGGCUGCUCCUGCUCCACCUGCUCAGCCUCCAGCUGCUCCUGCUCCACCUGCUCAACCUCCAGCUGCUCCCGCUCCACCCGCGCAUCCGCCCGCCGCGCCUGCUCAACCUCCGGCUGCUCCUGCUCCUCCGGUCCAACCGCCGGCUGCUCCCGGCCCGGCCUCAGGCGUUCCAGCGACUGUUGGCUCAACUGUCGGCAGUGCGCCUGGCACUGCUGGUGGCACCGGCUCAACUGUGAUUGGGAGCGCUCCAGGACCCGUCGGAGGAUCGCCUGCUAGUGCGGCGCCUGGGAUUGCGGCUGGUGUCGCUGGGGGUCCCGUGGGCGCCGUUGGCAACACUGUCGGCCACGCUUAAAGUUGUAUGUUCUUUCUUAUACCUAGGCAGCCUUAGUGAGAAUACCAUAAUUUCGUUCAGACCAUCUGCGUGCACAUCAGACUGUUCUCUUGCUAUUCUCCGAAGAAAACGAAUGAAUGAUCGCCGAGUUAUGUCUGUCAACGACGUUGUUGAUCGUCGCCGCCAUCUAUACUUACUUACUGCCACUGGCCACUAUUGCCUUUCUAUUCUGAAUUUGGCUCUGGCCGGUCCCAGCCAUGUCGCGUCCUACUCCCCUCUAUUCUACCUCAAACAUCGUUCCAGGCCGCUUCGACAAUGCUCAACUCACUCCACGGACCCCUCACUCGCGCGCAGGACGGGCAGAAGAAUCCUUCUCAGGUUAUGAACUGGAACAGGUCGACAUCGACGAUGACGAUGACGACGUGCACUACGGCUCUGCCACGCAACAACAAAACGCGCCGCUGUUAGCGUCGUCCGCCAGCGACAGCUUUCCUCCGCAACAUGGCUACCGAAGUCGCGGAGAUGAUUACGACGCACAUGCGCACUCCCCAGCAAAGAAAGCCAAGGUCUUCGGUCUCGGCGUCGACGUAAUCAUGUCGCGGCUCCCAUUGGCGCUGUACUCAUCGGUCGCCGCGGUGCUGCUGGUUUUGGUCUUCUUUUCAUUGAAGGAGCCGGAGAAGUUGAAAGAGUAUGUGGUUGGUACUACGUCAGCGUCAGCAGGUGCGACGAGCGUGAAGGUGGAUUUGCAUCAGGCGAGCGCGACGGCAACCCCUGCCUCCGCACCACAUCACGGUGCCAGCGCACCCCGACCGUCAUGGGUGGCUGAACGUCCGCAUCUCGUGGCGGAGCCCAACAUUGAGCUCAUUUCGUACGCCAACUACUCCACGUUCCCGCUGAACCCCCUCGACUACCGCGCUGAAUGCAUCAAAAUUACACCGGAAAUUCAGACCGCGCAUCCGUUUUGGGUGAGCAAACCACCGCGCGACGUCCUACACAAGGACGAGUCCCCCGAUUACAUCCGACCGUCGAACGAGAUGCCCGUGUGCCGGCGGACGAUGACAUACCAGCUCGAUGGGUGGGCAGGGCUGCUGACUGAUUUGGCAUUAAUCGCACAGGUUGCCACGUUGGCGCGCACGCACAAUGCGACGUUUUUCAUCAUGGAUCAAUUCUGGAACCGAGGCCGGUGGUCAGAUUAUUUCGAUGAUGUGCUCAUAGGCCAGCCGGGUCCUGAGCCAGGAUGUUGGCCUCCUCCAGCUGAAGAAUAUGUUGCCUGCCCCAGGACGGCCAGGCAUUGGAUCAUCAAUUCGCGCACAGCCAGAUAUCACCUCCGCCACGACUUCCACGAAGAGUAUACCGAUCCAUACGGCCGCAACUUGAACCGCAUGAAGCCGAUCUUCGAUGCCGCAUUCACGAGUUUGCAGCACACGAUCCAGCUGAAUGCAUACAUGAAACAGAUGGUCAACGACGCGCGGGAGGAGCUGCAUGCCAAAAUUGUGAAACAUUUCAACACACGGGUGCCGCACGCGGGGUACAUCGGCAUCCAUGCGCGCAGAGGCGACCGGAAUCGCGCCUGGCAGCAAUACGGGAUGGGGCGCUACGUCCCGAUCCCCGACUACAUCUCCGCCGCAGUUGAUGCUUGGACACGCUUGGGCUUGGAAUUGCCAACGUCGACACACGCGGACAACCUGAUCCAGCCGUUUGUUUUCGUUGCAUCCGACAGCCCGGAUGCGCUGAAACAGUUGGCCGAUGGAUUCGCGCCGGACCGAGCAUAUUCUCUGGCUCUCAGCGAAAGACCCGAGUUGAGGAAGCUGGCGAGUCCCUCAGAGUAUGAUCAGAACACGUUCAUGGCCGUCAAGGACCCUAUCGCUCGAGUCCAAUGGACCCGGGGCAUGGUGGUAGACUUUGCACUCCUCAGUGGAGCUUGGGCCGACGAUGGGCAGGUCAUCCCCGACGCAUUGGUGUGCACCAUCAGGUUGGUCCUACCUUACAAUCAUCCACCUCGUCAGGCUAACUUUCUCAGUUCUGUCAUUUGCAAAUUCGCUCCAGUCGCUAUGGGCUGGAAACGCGCCUUUGGCAACGUCGACGAGAUGGGUUACGUCGACAGCGAGAACAAGCGUUGGGUGGAAAUCGACGUCAAAGGUCGCGUCGUUCCCGUUUGGGAUGCGUUCGAGGCACCAUGA